UAACCGUUGAUAUUCGAUUAAUUUCGAUUAUUAUAUUUUAUUAUUAGUCUGUGUGUCACUGUGAAUCGUGAUUCGUGAUUCGUAUUCGUGACAGUGUCGUGUAAUGUGUUUAUUGAUGUUAUAGACUGUUAUUUUCAUUUUUUGACCGUCCAUAGAUUUACUUUUACCUACGUAAUUUUACGCUUUCGAUAUCUAGACGAUCAGACAAUUUCAAAAUAUGGAUAAUAGUAAUAGUAAUGAUGAAGAUAAUCCACUUCCAGUGUCAACAUUUAGAAUGCAACUAGUUCUGAAUAAGUGCAGACCAUAUUUAUCACUACCAGAAGAUGAACCAAUAUUAGUUGAACGUCUAAACAAAUUAGGUGUGAACUGUUUGGAUGAUUUAAAAUUAUUAAACUUUGAAAACGAUUUAAAGGGUAUAAUAAAAAUAAUCCAGUGUCGUCAGUUACACCUGGAACUGUCAAAAGAUGUUACGAUUAAUGAAAGUAUUGAUACACAAUCUGUAAUCCACAAUGUUUCUUCAUCAUCUGUAGAACAUGAAGGGUCUCCUAUAUCACAAUCAAACACUGUAUUUGGCUUCAAAAUACCAAAGUUCCGAAAAUCUGUAAGAAAAGCUUUACAGAAAGGUUCAUUGCGUAAUGACGAGAGACUUCAUAUAAUUGAAACUGUGUCAAACCACAUGCUUGACACCAUGAGUAAUCCUGGACUUCGUGAAUGUAGACGUGUUGGAAGAAUGUUGGAAAGCAAAUUUCCAAGUGCUUUAAAAAAUAAAGAAUUUGACGACAAUUCGGAAUACAUAGCAAAGCAACUGUUACAUCACAUAUAUUACGUAAGACGAAAAGAACGACAAGAUCUGAAGCAGAGGGGCUCAUUACCACAUAACUAUAGCAGUUCAUCAAAGACUUUCAAUGAAAAAAAAAACCAAUAUGGAACACAUCCUGAGAGAUAUGAUCCAAGUUCUAUACCAGAUGGAGAAACUUUAAGUACUUUGGAACAAAAAAAAAACUGGUUAAAAGCUACAUAUCUGUUAGUCGACAUAGACUGGAACCGUGUCACCAGCUAUAUGAAAACUACGUAUGCUUCUCAAAGACAGAUGAUUUUAAAUGAUGAUCCAAUUGAUACAAUAUUAUUAGAAUGGCCAUUCCUCGGCAAGGAACUUUACCUGAAGAACCAUUUCUACUACCUGACCAAUAUAGAGGAUAAAGCAAUCGAUAAUUUUAAAACAAAAAUACCAAAAAUGUUAAAGUUUGUCCAGGCAGAAGCUGAAAGAAAGCGAAAAGAUAAUAAGUUGCAAACAAGAUUAAUGAAUAUAAUUAAAAAACAUGAUAAUAAUAAAAAUAACUAUAGUGAUUUUUUGACUAUACUAUUAUGUUACAUGGCUAUUAUGAAGGAAAAUUUUGAGCUAAUGUGUAUUAUGUUUGAAGACACAUGUAGUCAUGAUGAAGUGCAAUCAAGUCAGAAAAUAAUUUCAACACCUAUUGUAGCUUGUCUUGGUGAUAUUUGGUCCAAUCCUAAAUGCUUUGUCUUUGUGGAUAAGCAAUGUUUAUGGCGUGAACCACUGGCAGUUGAAGAGGCAAUUAUUAUAAUGUUUAUGUCAUAUUAUGUAUUUAACAUUCAGUAUCCAAAGGAAUUAGCUGGUAUUUUGCAGUUUCUCCAAAGUUCUAUGUUUAAUAUAAACGAAAAGGGGAAUAAGGUGAAAAAGAAAACUUCUUCUGAAAAAUUUGUGCCGAAAUUGCUUAAACUGAUGACAGAUUAUGAUACUUAUGUCAAAAAGUGGACUUGUUAAUUUGUUUUUUUUAAAUAUUUUUUCUGUAUUAAAAGAGUACCUUAAGUUUACUUACCUUACUUAAUAUUAUUAUUUAAGACAUCAUUAUAUAUUCUAUAUAUAUAUA